UCUAAGCGUUGUUGUUCUUACCUUUCUUCUCUUCCAUCCACCAUAGCCAAGUUCUUAUGGCAGCAGCUAUCCAGUAAUCAAUCCUCCUUCCAUGAUUUCUAUCCAUUACUCAACCAAAACAACGAAUCAAUCUUCAAAUGCUGACAUCCAUGCAAAAUCCUCGUUUCUUACUUCAAUGUCGACGGGCGCAUCUUCACCGCCCAUCAAAAUCCCGUCGCUUUACAGCCAAAGCUAUUCAAACUUCCGAACUCCAAUCUCUAUCAUCUUCGCCCAUCACUUCCCCUCCAUCUUCUCAAAUCCUCACAAUCCAAAAAUCCCUUCUUUCGCGCCAAACAACCGCUGUUGAGUUGGCGGAGGACUACCUCAAUCGUCUCCACAGAACGGAGCCGUAUAUUAGGAGUUUCCUUCAUGUGUCUGAGACUGUGCUCAAGGAAGCGGAAGAGAUUGAUCGGAAAAUUGAGCGGAAUGAGACGGUUGGCCCAUUGGCUGGAGUACUUAUUGGGGUUAAGGAUAACAUUUCAACUGCUGAUAUGCCGUCGACGGCUGGGUCUAAGAUUUUGGAAGGGUAUAGGCCGCCAUUUGAUGCAACGGUUGUGAGAAAGUUGAGGGAGAAUGGGGCGAUUAUUGUUGGUAAAACUAAUUUGGAUGAAUUUGGUAUGGGUAGUACCACUGAAGGAUCGGCUUAUCAGGUUACUGCAAAUCCGUGGGAUUUAUCAAGAGUGCCAGGAGGGUCCUCAGGUGGCUCAGCUGCAGCUGUUUCUGCAAGGCAAUGUGUGGCAUCGAUUGGAAGUGAUACAGGGGGAAGUGUAAGGCAGCCUGCAUCUUUUUGCGGUGUUGUUGGAUUGAAGCCAACAUAUGGGCGAGUUUCAAGAUAUGGGCUAAUCGCAUAUGCUUCAUCGUUAGAUGUGGUUGGAUGCUUUGGUUCAUCUGUUGCUGAUACAGGGAUACUCCUUCAAGCAAUUUCAGGACAUGACUCACUUGAUGCCACAAGUAGUAAGCGAAAAAUUGCGGACUUCACUUCUCAAUUUGUUCCCAAGGAUUUGUUGGAAUCUCAACCCUUAAGAGGACUAAGAGUUGGUUUGAUACGUGAAACUCUUGGUGAAGGUAUUGAUACGGAAAUUCUCUCUUCAAUCCAGGAAGCUGUUUCUCAUUUGGAAGAAUUAGGAUGCUCAGUCAAUGAGGUCUCACUGCCUUCCUUUUCACUGGGAUUACCAGCUUAUUAUAUUAUUGCUUCUUCUGAAUCCUCUUCAAAUUUAUCGCGCUACGAUGGCAUCAGGUAUGGGAAGCAGGUUGGUAGUGAUGAACUUAAUUCUCUUUAUGAGAAAUCUCGAGCUAAUGGUUUUGGUUCUGAGGUUAAGUUGAGGAUUCUAAUGGGAACAUAUGCCCUUUCUGCUGGUUAUUAUGAUGCAUAUUACAAACGUGCUCAGCAGGUGAGGACAUUAAUUCAGAAGGGGUUCAAAGAGGCAUUGGAUCAAUACGAUAUUUUAAUUUCGCCAGCUGCUCCAUCUGUUGCUUAUAAGAUUGGUGAAAAGAACAAUGAUCCUUUGGCACUCUAUGCUGGUGAUAUAAUGACUGUUAAUGUGAACUUGGCUGGUCUUCCUGCCUUGGUUUUGCCUAGCGGAUUUGUUGGAUCGGGGUCAAGUAAUCUUCCAGUUGGUUGUCAACUAAUUACUUCUGCGUUUAAUGAGGAAAAGUUGCUUAAAGUUGGGCACAUAUUUGAGCAGACACUUCAAGCUCCUAGUUUCAUUCCUCCACUUAUAGCUGAUGAAUUUGCAAGACGCUAGCCACCAACAAAUAGAAAAUGAUAAGAAGUCCGUAAAAUGUUGAGAAUGAAGUUGUCUAACUGGUAUUCUUCCUUCAUUGUCAAUGUGAUCAAGAAAGAGAUAUACAUCGAUAUUGUUGUUCUUAACUUGAAAGUUGAAGAUGUUGAAGAUGACAGUUGUCUAAGUGGUAUUCUUCCUUCCAUUUAUUGAUGAACACUACCGAGGCUUCGGUGGUGAAGACUGAUUUGUAACAUUUUCCAAUAGUUUAGAUUUAUUUUACAUUUUUAGGUAUUCUCGUGAGCUCUAUUUUUUCUUAAUGAAAUGUUGUUUUAUUUUUGUGGAUGGCCAUUUUAAGGAUACUCCCAAAACUUAAUAAGAUUUCUAUUUAUUGAUGUUUAUGGAAGCAACCCAAUGAGAAAAUGAGAAAGGAAUCUACAAUGUGGUUUAUGUUGUUAAA